AUGAUGGCGCUUGUCAGAGAAUCAGAGGGUUCGACCUUACCCAUGCGGGGCAUGCCUGCAAAGUCCACAUUCGAGGUGACUCCCCUGCUGGCAGAGAGCUUCCCCGCGACAAAAGAUGUGACGGAAGAAGUGGCUCCCCUGAAAAGGGGAGACUGGCCGAUCACUCAAUUCAGCUAUUGGGAAGACUACAAGCCGAUAAUGAGGAGAUUGUACAUCGACGAAAAAAGACCACUCCGAGGAGUGAUGGAGAUAAUGGAGAACGAGUUUGAUUUCAAACCAACGGCGAAGAUGUAUAAGAACAGAUUCCGAAUCUGGGGCUGGCGGAAGAACAUCAGGCUCGAUCCUGAUAUAGACGCCGGCAGAGUGCAAGACAUUAUCAACAGCAGACGCCCGGAAGAUGGCAGUGAUAUCCAGGCCCAGAAUGUCCUCUUAGCCAACGGGCAACUUGUCGAUGUUGCCCGGCUUUACCGAUAUCUACGGCGUAAAAGACGAUGCAAGGAGAUGCCACUCACCACCAGAAUCAACCAGCCCGACGUAUUCUACAACAGCGAGGCAAUCUUCCACAGCGCCCGAUCGCAUACCUUGGGUCAGUACCAAGGGAAAAUCAAGGGUGUAACAGAUGCUCUUGACCUCUUCGCGAGGGAGGAGCACAUAACCGGCCGGUGGCUCAGGUUUACCGAUGAAAUCAAGGACCUCAUGCAGCAGCAAAAUCUAGGCGAGGCCAUCGUUCAAAUGCGCCGAGCACCAGACGAGGUUGCCACUAUGGUCCAGACUGAGCCAACUGCCCUGUUCGUCAACCUCUUUAUGUAUGUUUUGAAACUUUGCAACUGCCCUGGUAUCACCGACGCCGAGUCAAGACAAUUUAGGCUAGUUGUGAAGUCGCUUCUUCAUUACGCCGCGUCCAUCUUAUCCUCCGGCUCCACAGGCCUUCAAACUUCACACCCGCUGCAAAUAAUUAUCAAGGGACUUGCGACUGCUCCAGACAGCGAGCUGAGCGAGAUUGCGUCCAGGGCUUGGCAGCUCAGGGAGUUCAAAGGGCUGAUGCUCUAA